AAAAAUGGCAGCCCCCGGCCCACGUCACUUGCCUCUUUUCAACCCGCGUUUUCAAAUCUUUUAACAUUCGAUUCCCGACAAAACAAUGGCGUUCUACAUUAAGCCUCCGGGUGGGAUUGAAAAGCUGCAAAGCCUGACCGUUUUUGGAAGGAAACGAUUGACAUUUCUGAAACAGAUACUUGGCUGUGAGUGCAGCGCUGCUUUCCGCAGGUUGUUGGACUGUGCGGAUACGGCAGAUGAUUCGGAGUGUCUUAUCGAGGGCACCUCGAAGGACCGCGUGUCACACUUUCUUCUCAGACUUGCCUGCUGUCAAGAUUCUGAGAUGACAUCAUUUUUUGUGAGAGCUGAGACUGACUUGUUCUGUUACCGUUUUGCAAGCAUGAACUCAACAGAACUUGUUCGCCUCUUUAAGUCCACUUACCAAUUUUUAUUCCGCCUCAGUCAGUGCCAAGCCAGAAACGGCAAGCUGUCUGAAGGCCAAGGUGGAGAAUCAAAGUGUAGAAGGACUUGUAGAAACUUGCUUCAAAUCCUACAGGGAAUGAUUUCUGAUGGCCUGGCCUGGACAGACGUUGCCAAUAGGUACCUGGAUGGCAGUGGGUCAGAGGUUAUACGGGUCCCUUUCCAAUAUGCGUUGUCACUUGUUGCCAGUCGAUCUGUUGUGAUGGAGCGGGGAGUGGCUUUGGUGCCACCUGCGGACAUCUUAAAGGUGUUGGCCUCAUUUUUUGAGGAGCUGGUCUCCCUAGGGAUGGUAGAUGCUCGGCUUGUCGUUAACGAUAUUGGGUCCGGUGAUGAACGCAUGGCCGACCUGCUUCGUGAGUUGAGGCAGUUGUACUACUCUGGCAGCAGAUUAACAGAGAUUGAUUGGACAUUUGAAGGUGGGUCCGUGGCCCUCGAUGAUAUUGAUGAGUUAACAGUAUGCUUCCCACCAUGUAUGCAACACUUGCAUCUUAUGCUUAGGAAAAAGCAUCGGCUAAGACAUUUCUCAAGGCUCCAGUAUACACUGUUCCUCAAGGAGGUAGGUUUGCCCGUCUCCGAAGCUGUCAGGUUCUGGCAAAAAGAAUAUUCUCAACCAAGCUGUAACUAUGGUGACAGUCGAGGAUGUACCCACGAUUGGAAACGAGAUGGGAAGAGAUACGUGUACAGCAUCAGGCACCUGUAUGGAUUAGAGGGGUCAAGGAUCAACUACAAGGCACACAGCUGUCGUGCAAUACAGGAGCGUAGCCUAGGACACGGCGAAGAAGGAGGCUGUCCAUUCAGUCACUUUGACGACGUGCAUCUUGGGAACAUUAUGUCCCAAGCAGGUAUCAGAUCUGAGGAUGACAAGAUACGGAUAAUUGGUCUUGCUCAGCAAGGAAGAAGGCAGGCAGCUUGCAAAGCAUUUUUCCGGAAGUCUGUUGCUGCUGGCUUAGCUCAUCAUGUGGAGUCGACCGCACAAGAUCGGGAUGGCACUAAUGAUUCGAGAGGGAAAGUAGCUGCUGAAAAAGAUGUUGAAGACGUUGGCUUUGAACCAUGCAACAGGAAGAAAGCCAGACUUGACAGCGAUGGUUAUGUAGCCUUUGCUAGUGAUGAGGUUGGAGCUAGUAAUGCUAACACCGAGAGCAGUACAGCAGGAACAUUUGAAACGGUUGAUGGGCAAAGAUCUCAAUCACUGGACACAGUACAACGACAUGCAGAGGACAAAUCCUUCCCUUCGAGCACCACAAAAAUGAUCUUGUCAAAGGAGCAGCUGCUGAUGCAUCAUGGUAGUGGCUUUAAGACAGUUAUCCAAAGCCCUGGAAACUUUCAUAGUGACGCACAAAGUGGAUGUUCUCAAACAGGAGAGAGCCCUAAUCCUGAUACUGCAAAGGAGCAUCAUUGCAUCUCCCCAUGGCUCCAGGAAAUGGAAGAUAAUUCUAGGACUGCUGGAAGAAGCACGAGAGAUACCAAAUCGGAACUAAGGAAAAGAUUUAGAGGAGGUCCAUUAUCUUCUGUCAGGAGGGAAUCAGAGACCUCAAGCGAGCACCAAACUGCUAGCUCAAAGGCCGCCUUGAGAAGCCACAGGGACUCACCUGAUGACGACGUCCCUGUCAGCUCCCCCAUAGCCGUUCUGAGAGACGUUGAGAUUCAUAAGCCAAUUGAUUACUACAGCAGCUAUAUGCAGCUUCUCAGUAGCCUUCAGCAGCUGGAUUGAGAUGCACUUCAAUUUCUAGCACUUUUUUUACUUAACCAUUGCACAUUGUGUCUUGUUCAGAAUCUCUUAUUAGUCUCACUAUUGACAAUUUGCAAAUUGAAUGUACUUUCAUCCCUCAAACGAAUUACACAAAAUGAUUAAUAUCCAUGUUAAAGUUUAAUGAUUUUUUUAUAUUGUACAGUUUUACUCUUGAAAUGUUGUGCAGCUGACGUCAGACAGUACUAACAAUGAAUUUUAUUCUUUUUAUGUUAGGCCUAUGUCGAAAUUGAUUUCAAUGAACUUCAAUUUCAGUGUUUGAAAUGCUAAAGAUUUUUGUGUGGAUUACUUAUUGUAACUGUGCAAUAAUUAUGAAAUGAAAUAAUGUUUCUAUUUCAUAUUUAGGAUGGUGUAGCAUUCAAACAAGAAUACAAAGACUCUCCCCUUUCCAGAUGAAUUCUAACCAAGAAAAAUCGAAAUGUCCACAAAAUCGUGCCUUAUUGAAAGUGUUCGUGAAAAUGCACUGAAGUCUUAUGUGUUUGGUUGUACAUGUAACUUUAUUUGGGACAUGAAAUCAUAGUUUGCUCCCAUUAAAAUUAACAGACCAAAAUGUGAUGCAAAUGGAAAGUGACUAGGUCUAUGCAGUGGGUGCUUAAUGACUCGACUUUUCAUGCAUCCCUCUACGUGAUAAGUCAGCCUUCACAUUGUGAAGAAUUAUAUUUUACCGGGCUGGAAAGUAAAAUGUCUCUUGCUAUUAGGCCUACUUGCCAUCAAUCUCGCAAAACCUUGAAAAAAAUGCUCUACUGUGUUUCGUGGUAAUCGCUCCCUAUGAUUCAUGUGUAUAUGUGAAAUACCAGUUAUAACACGUACGUUCUUGUUUGAAGAAGUGCAAGUGCGUUCGAGUUCUAAGCCUUAUCUCUGAGUAAGAAAGAGGUUUACAGUCCUGUGAUGUAGCCACGCCACUUGGACAAGGGCGACACUCAGCAUCUGUGGUGAAGGGUAAAUUGUUUUCAUCGAUCAUUCUUACUCUUCAUAAAAUGGAAGAGCAAAUGUGUUUUUUUUUAUGACGGAUAUUCCACUUUUUAUGACGACGCUCAGUACUGGAUUCGAUGAUGCAUUAUGACUAAACUACACAACUAAAUUAAAUGUUGGCAGCUUAGAUAAGUUGGCCGAGAUUGGGCUGCCGAGGUUGGGCUACCGGUAUUAAAACAACACCUUCACGAAAUAAAUCGGCGGGGCCCUUUGGGACGUACUGAAAUUAUCCGACCGUGCGUACUUCUUCCCCGGGGUCACUCAAAACAAAUACACUGUGACUUGUAACACAGGUUGUGUUUAUUUCCAAAGUUCAAUUGGGUGAACCGUGGGGAGGGGGGAAUGACGAUCCCCGCGUCGUUGCGCCACUGUACCUGUUCGAA